AUGGCGGAGGAAGAGCCGAAGCCGACCCAGCUGGACACGCCCCUGGUCCUGGGCGAGGACCUGACCAAGCAGCUGCGGCUGCGCGUGGAGAGUCUGAAGCAGCGCGGGGGGAGGCGCCAGGAUGGCGAGAAGCUGCCGCCGCCAGCCGAGUCCAUGUACCGCAUCGACUUCAUCCAGCAGCAGAGGCUGGACGUCGUGCUGGACAAGCCGGGCAGGGUCACCAUCACGGGCACCUCCCAGAUCUGGAUGCCCGACCUCACCAACCUCAUGACGCGGCAGCUGCUGGACCCCACUGCCAUCUUCUGGCGCAAGGAGGACUCGGAAGCCAUGGAUUGGAAUGAGGCCGACGCCCUGGAGUUUGGGGAGCGCCUGUCCGAGCUGGCCAAGAUCCGCAAGGUCAUGUACUUCCUCAUCACCUUCAGCGAGGGCGUCGAGCCUGCCAGCCUCAAGGCCUCCGUGGUCUUUAGCCAGCUCUGA